AUGUCUCCUGGAAGCCUCAUCCUUCUAACAUUGUCAUGCCUCUACAUGGCAAUAUAUCCCUAUCUUACCUAUGCAGCAACAGAUUCUAUAAGGCCCGGCCAACAGCUCCAGGAUUGGGAGCAACUCAUUUCUGUUCAAGCUGUCUUCAGGUUAGGCUUCCUUAGCCCCUCUCUAUCGAGUUCCACCAACACUGGAUCAUCUGGUUCUUGUUACUUGGCAAUAUGGUACGACAGGGUAUCACAUGUCGCGGUGUGGUUGGCCAACCGGCACAUUCCAGUAACCAAUUCUUCUGGAGUGAUUACGAUGGGCAGCGAUGGCAAGUUGAAAAUCAUGUAUGCCAACGGACAGGACAUUAUUAUAAACUCUGAUCAGGCACUGGGAACAUUAAUGAGCAAUGUAACUGCCACUCUGUUAGAUUCUGGCAAAUUGGUCUUGCGAGAGGAAUAUACUAGUGGUACCUUUGGGUCAAUCUUGUGGCAAAGUUUUGAUUAUCCGACAAAACAAUCUACUGCCUGA